CAGGGCCGUCCCGCUGCGCUUGCGUUGACCAAUCUUAUCUUUCAGGCGCGCGGGUUGCCUGUUUUCAGUAGUUUUCAGGAUGCGAGCCGAGCUUUCGAAUUGUUACAUUUGGCGCUCAACUUUCUCGCAACUGAUUAACUGAGCUUCGGAACAUUUUUUAUAAUUUGAAUUUUUCGUGUCAUCGUUGUUAGUGUUUGUCGUACGAACAAAUAUGUGGAUUUACUCAUCCUGUAAUAAACUUAGCGUAGUUUCAGUGUACAACCAUGUGACUUAAAUUUAGGUGAAUUGUUGACCACAAACUGUCGCAAACUUGCAUUUUCCUCGCCACGACAUGAAAACUAGAUUGUCAGAAGUCCGAAAUGUUCCUCGACGACGAAAAUAAUACAAGGCGUCCUUAACGCAAACCGCAUCUGAGCUGCAAGAUGGGGACAGUAAAUAAUCCCUCCUGCAGCUGGAGCGGCUCUGCCAGAGCCACAAUCUUCGUCAUCAUCCUGCCAGCGGCCACUUCCGCCACGUCUUCAGGUAGAUUAAUAAUCGGCUCGGUCCAGACCGGCAACAACCCCCAGCUAAAUUACCCAAAUUUUCUGAACUCUGCAGAUCUGUACCACUUUCCCGGGGCAGAGAACGCCACCUCGAUGGAGACCCUCUACGAGCCGUGGAACUGCACGAAACUGCCCUGCAAUUUCGAGAACGAAACGCUGGCCCAUAACGACACCAACGACACGCUCAGCGACGCCACCAGAGGCGAGCCUUUGGCGGACCUCAUUCUUAUGGGAUUUCUGUCAGUUGUGCUCGGUCUCAUGAUACUGGUCACGGUGAUAGGUAACGUUUUCGUGAUAGCAGCCAUAUUACUGGAGCGAAACUUGCAAAACGUGGCGAAUUACCUGAUCGUGUCUUUGGCAGUGGCGGACUUGAUGGUGGCGUGCCUUGUUAUGCCGCUGGGUGCCGUGUAUGCGAUAAGUAACAAUUGGAUUAUGGGUCCGGAGUUGUGCGAUAUGUGGACUUCAAUCGACGUCCUGUGUUGCACGGCAUCAAUUUUGCAUCUGGUCGCCAUCGCCCUUGAUCGAUACUGGGCCGUAACGAAUGUAGAUUACAUCCACACAAGAAACAGCCACCGAAUCGGUAUCAUGAUCGUGGUUGUUUGGAGUAUUGCUUUGGUGGUUUCACUCGCACCGCAGAUACCGCAAUUUAAAGACCCCGAAUACUUGAAGAGGAUCCAGGAAAAGCAUCAAUGCUUAGUUAGCCAGGAUCUCAAGUACCAAAUUUUCGCAACUAGUUCCACGUUUUACGUUCCUCUCUUAGUCAUUUUCGUUCUGUAUUGGAAGAUCUUUCAAACGGCGAGGAAGCGCAUCAGGAGACGACGGGAAAUGAAGGGGCAAGUCGUCUUAAAGGUCGAGAAAACGAACAAUAACAGUAAGGUGUCGAAGAAUUUCCUCACGAAGAGGAAAUUCCUCAAAAUGAAAAAGUGUUCAAGCAACAAGAAGUCUUCCGCUGCUGAGGCUCUGGUCUCGUCGCUCGUCAUGAUGGAGGGCCAGUCCACCACCACGAUGGAAAUCGUCGAGGAGCAGGACGAGGUCCAGAGCAACGGCAAACAAGAGGAAACGACAGCUUUCACGAUAACGAAGCCGCAAACAUCGACCCUAGUUCAGAGCAACGCCGAGGUCCCGUUGGUCUCCAACAACGUCUCCCCCGAAAAAACCUCGUCGGCGACGACCAACAACGGCUCGGCGAGCCACCAAAGCCACAUCAGCGAUAUUAGUAGAGUAGAAAUCUUAAAUAAGGAAAUACCCCCGUGUCCGGCGUCCGUCGACAAGCUGAUACCGUCCAGGAGGGAGAAGAAGGAGAGCCUAGAGGCGAAACGCGAGCGCAAAGCGGCAAAAACCCUGGCCAUCAUUACCGGAGCGUUCGUGAUGUGCUGGUUGCCGUUUUUCAUCCUGGCACUGCUUAUGCCCCUGUGCGGGGCCGCGUGCACCAUCAGCGAGUACAUCUCGAGCUUCGCCCUCUGGCUGGGCUAUUUCAACUCGACGCUGAACCCGGUCAUUUACACGAUCUUCAACCCGGAGUUCAGACAGGCCUUCAAGAGGAUCCUGUGUGGAGGACACAGCAGAGGGCGCAAUUUCCGCUCGGGCAAAAUUAGAUAAAAAUAUCAGUUCCUGGCAGGCUGGCGCAGGAUUUUUGGUUCGCAAUAAAACCGGCAACAUUUAAAAACUCAAAUACCGAGAAAAAGGCAAGAUUUAAUCAGAACAAUAAUACUUUUCCGAUUUUCAACCGUCCUGAAAUUUUGAGUUGAGGGCUGUGUCAGAAUUGGAUUUUUCGCGUACAUAUCUCGAAAUAUUUUCGAUCAUUCCAAGAUAUUCGCAUACCAGAGAUUCUGCGCUCAGUGCAAGUUUCUUUCACGUGCAGUAUUCCUAUCGUGUAUAUACAUAAUAAUUGUUAUUACCAAGGUAGAACAUGCAAUAUUGUUCCCAAUGACGCUACAAUGUCUUUCUAUAUGAUAGCCGUUGCGAGUUCGAGGUGUCUUGGCAAAGAGCAUCGAAAUUGAAAAUAGUUAAGAGACGCCUCUAGAAUAUCAUCAAGUAGAUGUUUUAUUCGACAUUUCGGCUUUUAUUUCCAUUGCUGUGUCGCGCGCUUACUGUAAAAUAUGCGUCAUCAACCCUCUUCGGCGAAACGGGAUAAGUAUUUUAAUAUUACUGUUAUUUGUAUCUAUGUAAAUACGUUUUUGGCAUUUUUUAGGACCUAACUGUAUCCAUAGAUGUUAGGUGGGCGCCGCAACAGCCUGUCCAGCCUGGCUCAAUUUUAACCACUAGCUAAUUAACGAGAGAACUCGGAAAAAAUUGUGCCGGGCCUGGAAAGGGUUAGUGCCGCGUCCACAGUUUGUUUUGUAUUUUUAUAUCGAUAUAAAACGACUAAUAAAUCGCUGUGCUGCAGGUGUAAACUUAACAAUCUCCAACCAUGGCCGUUACAUUUAUCGAGACUAAUGGUUAUGGUUGGCAGAUGAUGAAUUGGGCUUCUGAUACGUAUACGAUAUAUAAUUGAGCCUGUAUAUCUGUAUAUUGCAGGAAGCAAACACACAAAUUUAAGCGAAUCGCAGGGUGCGCAUUUCUAUGUAAAAUAACGUUCUGUAAGUCCGUAUAAAUCGCAUUAAUGUACUUACAUAAGCUGUAAUCGUAGAGUACUGUGUAAAUAUUCCACUUAUGCUGAUAUAUCAAAAUACAGACCUGGGGCGUAUUUUAGGAACAACUACUUAAUAACAUUACUGCGUGUUGUAGCAAUUUAGGUAUCUGUAAAUUGCUUUGACUAUUAUCAAUAAUUGAACUCAUAUUGUGAUAAUAUGCGUUGUUAGACUAAGUCUUAACGAGGUAAUUUAUUGUUUUUAGAUGUUGUGUAUAUAAGAAUUAUAACUAAGCCCAUGCCCAUGUUAAUUUAUAGAAAAAGAAAGUACACCAUUAUUGUAAAUACUGACUUAUUGUUCAUCAAACUGUGUUAAAAUGUAUAAAAAUAAAGUA